GGGCAGCAAAGCGCACGUGGCCCUUUGGUCCUCCAGGCGAUGACGUCACCUGUCAAGCGCGUGUCGUUAGCUGGCUAACGCUAACUCGCACAUUUGCUGCGUCAAUGCUUUCAUUCCUCGGGACCGCUUGUUAGUCUUGUACAUAAUGGAGCUGGUAUGGGAGGACCUUCCUGUCCCCGAGACUCCUUUCUUCACCAGAGAUGUCUAUGACAAAUAUUCACUUGCACCUAAUAUCCGGGAACUAUGGGACUUUCUCCAAAGAAGUCCAGAAGAAGAGAACAAACAGGACCGUGGGUCUGCAGAUGCCACCUGCUCCCCUUCCACAAAAGAGGCCCCAGAUUCUAAAGACGACGGUUGCGUCAGAAAUGAAGAGUCCUGUUGGUUCAGCUGUGAUACUGAUGAUCCGAAUGCAGACGAUGCUGCUGGAGGUACAGAAGAAUGUAAGGGUACUAAAAAAAAAGUCAAGCAGGUCGGGAAUGAGAAGGUUGCUCCUUAUCCUGAACCCAGACUGCCCCUCCCGUGUAUGUCCACUCUGUCCAGCGCGGAGCAGAGGACGUAUCUUGGAUUUUUGAUUAAUAAGAAGAUUAGAUAUCCGCAACAGUUUCAGAACUUGAAGUCACGCGUAAACAAUGAAGUGAUGCAGUUCAUGAGGUACCUGCAAGAUGUGGCCAGAAUAUGUGCCAACGACUACAACUUCAUACCACAGGGAGCAAUGCAAUACUCCGAGGAGUUUUUCAGGGAGUGUUUGGAGCACAUUAAGACACUUCCCGAGCUCUAUCAGAUCUUCGAGAUGACUAGUUUAACCGGCGGAACAUUUGACCCCCGGCUGAUGUUGACCUUUGAGAAACAGCUGCUCAUCAUGGGCAAUGUGGAUAUUACAGAGCAGAAGAUAGUGCCUGCUGAUGCACAGCUUGCAUCGGAUUAUCAGAGUGUUUCAUCAGAGAAUCCUCCAGCUAAAAAAGCCAAGGACAUGCACGCUAAAAUCAGUAGCGAUAGUAAUGCUAAGAGACUGUCGGCCCGUUAUGAACCUGAAGUGUGUCUGACUCGAGAUGCCCUCGUCAGGCUGCUGGACAAUCAUGGCCCUGACUUUGGAGAUCAAUGGGAGCUGCCUGUUUGGGUUCAAUUAAACCCAGGAAAAGGCAGUAGUCAGAAGAAGACCGUGUACAUCGACUCACCUCUUCUGCAGACUGAAAUGACAAUAAGAGGGCGGUCACAUGUCUACCACGAGGAGAGUUUGAAGCUUUCCUUCAAGAAGAAUGGAAGUAAAAAUGUGUUUCAUUUAAUGACGGAACUUCCUGUGGAUCACUGGCAACUAUCCUCAGGGAACUCACAGAGAUACUUGCCCUCUGAAACCAAUCUGCUUGACUUUGAGGUGGACCUCACUGACCUGGAAACAUUUGGAGAGGCGACCCCCAAGAGGCAAAAUGCAUGUGUUGAAAGUUCCCUGCCUUUAGCUAAGACAAAAAAAUCCAGUGAGCAUCUGGCAAACACCAGUAGCAGUUCACAAGAAGAGAGGAGCAACUCAUCGACCGACGUGAAUGGUCCCGUUACAGAGGAGUCAACUCGGACAGUUGCAAAUGAGGCCACUUCCCCAAAAACUCUCCAAAGUGACGUCGACCUGCCUUUAAUGGGAGACUCUGAUGAAGAGAAGCUGGUCAUUGAUGAAUCUGUGUCUCUAGCUAACCCAACUUCACGCUCUGCAGACCCUGCGGCAAUUCCCGCGUCCCAGUCUGUGCCUGAGUCCUCAUCUCCUCAAAAAGGUACAAGGCAGAGGCGACCGUCCAAAAGAGCACAGCCAUCAGGUGACCAGCUGGGUGAGAUCCUGCGCAUGCAGACGGCCAUGUUCAAAUCUCCCUGCACCAGCACAGCCCAGGACUCCAAUUCACCCUCGCGAUGUGCUGGACCAUCUGUUCAGUCCCACCGAGUGUCUCUGGUGAAGCCCAGUGUGUCCUUGUAUCUGGAGAGAAACCAGGAUCAGGAUGGAGAGACCUGUGCUACUCCUCUCCUAUCUGCACCGGGGGGCAGCAUUACUACUAAGAAAAUUCUGUCACAAGACUUGCAGGCUGGUGCUGAAGAUGAACAAGACUACACAGCUCCAGAGGAAGGAAACCUGCUCUAUAAGCUCUACAGUCUGCAGGAUUUGCUCAUAAUGGUGCGCAGCUCUGUCUCAUUGGCCCAUACCAGGAAAGUGGGCCAAAACGGCAAAAACCAGUUGGUGCCAGUGCAUGUACUGCCCAAGCUGGAGUACCAGUUGAAUUACGGUGUUGAGUGUCUGAGCAGCAGUGAGGCUUGCCAGCUGUGGACUGAGACGUUGCUCCACUCCAGCACCGUAUCCUACAUAGCUCACAUCAAUGCGCACACUUCAAAAGUAGCUUUGCUGAGGAGGCUGCCUGACGACUGGAAACAGAACGUCUCCUGUGGCUUCAAGCCGUCCAAGUCCCUGAAUAUUCUGCACCAUCUACUGAAAAAGCUCACUGGGUUGGAGGAAGGACGGUACCUGAUUGCACACAAGGUGGGAGAACCAUUCGUGACCCUAUUAAAAGCGGCUAAUGGGAAAGCGAGUCGGGGGGCGUACGACCUGCAGAAGCUCCACAACUCAGUCCCCCGUCCCCUGGCCCCCGGGCUCGUGCCCUGGAUACCUGUCGAUCCAGCUGUGGUCAUGUCCUUCCACAAGAAGCACGGGCGUGUCCCCUGCACAUUUCCACCAAAGCUCCUCGGACAGACGGCGAAGGAGGGCUCAUUGCAGUCCAACAACCACGGAGCUGGGCCAGCAAGGAACAAGUCCAAUGCAGAAGCCAAGAAGAAGAAAAAACAAAAGAAACGUGCAGCCAGGCGUGACCAGUAUAUCAAAAAGUUAGUUCAGAAUUCCAUUUAAUGUGAGUCAGACGAGGAGUUGGACCUGCACCGAAAAUAAAAAGAGAAUUAGACCACUUAUUACGCCAAUAAUUUCAGAAAUACCUUGUGACCCUAAAAUAUCUGUGAAUGCUGAAGCACUUUGAGAGUAUAAAAAAAUAUACUUUUCUUUCUUUUUUUUUCAAAGAGAAGAUUUUAUUAAUAGUUGUGUUUUAUGAAAACAAUAAAGUUUGAUCCAUAUUGAGUAAA